AUGAUUUCCGAUUUAGAAUCUUUAAUAAAAGAAAAUUAUCAUCUCGAUUCGAUUGGCAUUACAAAAAAGGACUUCCACAGCAUAAACGAUAAGCGAGCUUUGGCUAUUUUAAAUGAAACCACCCAACGUCUUCCUUCAGGUAGGUUUGAGACUGGUUUGCUCUGGCGACCUGAUAUCAUCUCAAUUCCAAACAGUUAUAAAUUAGCUUUAUCCAGAUUUCAUAGUUUAGAAAGAAAGUUUAAAAAGGAUCAAAAUUAUGCCGAAGCUUAUAAACAGUAUAUAAAUGGGAUGAUAGAGAAAGAUUACGCAGAGCUUUGUACUAAUAUACCUCCUUUAGGUAAUUUAUGGUAUUUGCCUCAUUUUGGAGUAUAUCACCCCCAAAAGAAAAAGCUGAGGCUCGUUCAUGAUGCCGCGGCUAAAUGUUCAGGAGUUAGCCUAAAUUCUCUGCUACUCCCUGGCCCUGACCUCUUACAACCCUUAUUAGGAAUUCUCAUGCGUUUUAGGGAAGGUGAGGUAGCUCUCAACGGAGACAUUCGUGAAAUGUUCCCGCAAACAAAAAUUAGGGCACAAGAUAGAGAUGCACAACGUUUUCUCUGGCGAGACGAUCCUUCUCUACCUAUAGCAGAAUAUAGAAUGUCUUCCAUGAUCUUCGUCCAAAAGUCCACAAACCAGUGUGACAAAAAGAGUCUUGUCCCAACUCAUGAAGGUUUACGAUCCUCUUGGAUUUUGAUGCCACUAACCAUCGCCGGUCGCAUCUUAUUUCAGGAAACAUGGAGAAUGGGUAUUGACUGGGACGAGGAGUUGCCUGCCUCUGCUAAGGCAAAGUGGCAGACUUGGUUCGCGGGUAUAGCAGAAGUCUCGGCCAAAAUUAAAAUACCACGCUGUUACCGAACCAGAUUUGCUGCGGAAUGCCAGCUCCACGUCCUAGCCGACUCAAGACCAAUCUGUUCAUUUGGCUCUUAUAGGUGGAAAAGCGCGCCUUUAAAGCCUGUGUCUAUCCCACGGCUCGAGUUACAGGCGGCUCUCAUGGCUUCUCGAUUCGCAACUUACAUCCUGGAGGCACACCGUCUUGUUGCUUCUAGAGUUUUCUUUUGGACGGAUUCCCUAACGGUUUUAAAGUGGUUGCGUAGCGAUGCCCGCACGUUUAAGCCGUUUGUUGCUCACCGUGUAGGAGAAAUAUUAGAGACUACAAAUGUUGCCAAUUGGCGUUAUGUUCCAUCGGCCUUAAAUGUAGCAGAUGAUGCUACACGCGGUCUAUACUCUCUUUCCUCUUCUUCUCGAUGGUAUACUGGCCCAGAUUUUCUUUUGUCUCCACCAAAAGAAUGGCCUCGCGAGCCUGCGGUCAUUACUCCACUAGUAAUAGAGGAACUAAAACCCGAACACGCGUUAACAUUUUUGCUAACCGAACAUCCGGAAAUGCCAUCUCCGAUCGUAGCGAAUCACGAUCAUUUCGGUCGUUGGGUUCGGUUGGUUAGAGCAACCGCUCGUGCACAUCAUUGUGCUAAAAUAUUUCGGUCGCUUUUGAAAAAACCUCCAAAUUCAAAAUUAAAGAGUGCUGCCUCCAAGGUCUCCUUCAAAGUUUUGAAACCUCUUUCGGCCGCAGAAAUCUUGGAGGCCGAGAGGCACCUAUUUUUAUAUACUCAAUUGGAAUCAUUUAAACACGAAUUCUUGAGUCUUACCGCGGGUCUUCCCCCAACUAAUCAAGGGAGGCUUAGAGGUCUUGUGUUGAUGUUGGGAGAAGACGGUUUAAUCCGUUUAAAUGGAAGAAUUCGUGCUGUAUUAGAUGCUCCCGCGCAGGACAUUAACCCUAUUGUUUUAGACGGUCGACAUCCAAUUGUAAAACUCCUUCUCGAUCACUAUCAUCGGAAAUUUGGUCAUGGUAAUAUCGAGACCGUCGUUAACUUCCUGCGCGGCAAAUUUUAUAUAAUAGCUUUACGCCCAAGUGUCAGGUCUGUUGCCAAACAAUGCAGUUUCUCUAGGAUUAGAAAGCUUCUCUCAUCUACGCCUCAAUUUGGUGAUCUUCCUGAAGAUAGGUUAUCCCAUCAUCAGCGCGCGUUUUCCUUCUGCGGUCUUGAUUACUUCGGCCCAGUCGAAGUUGCCGUUGGGCGCAGACGAGAAAAACGCUGGGUAGCUCUAUUCACAUGCCUUACUAUCAGAGCCGUUCAUUUGGAGAUCGCAGGAAGCCUUUCUGCAGAUGCAGCUAUCAUGGCCCUAAGAAGAUUUAUUGCCCGUAGAGGAUGUCCAGCGAGAAUCAUCUCAGAUAACGGCACGGCUUUUGUCGGUGCAGCCAACCAACUCACAGACGUCUUCGACUUCGCAGCCAACCAUAAAAUAGAGUGGGUCUUCAUUUGUCCAGCGGCACCAUCAAUGGGAGGUGCGUGGGAACGCUUAGUGCGAUCAAUAAAGUCUGCGCUUUCCGUAACCCUGAAAGAACAAGCUCCAAGAGAGGAAGUAUUGAGUACCCUACUUCUGGAAGCGGAAGCAGUAGUCAAUUCUCGUCCGCUGACACACGUACCAGUAGAGCCGGAGACACUACAGGCCCUCACACCCUUCCAUUUUUUAUUGGGCACACCAUCAACCGAGUUGGUCCGUCCCCGCACCGAUGCAGACCUUUGCCGUCGCUUAGACCACAGGAAGGUACUGCGGUUAGCGGAGCUGUUUUGGGCCAGAUGGCUUCAUGAAUCACGAAAGGCCGGAUCGACGCAAGCCGAAUUCAAAGUGGGAGAUCCAGUUCUGGUGGCGGAUCCAAAUCUUCCGCGAGGAACCUGGCCCAAAGGCCGUAUUUCUAAGAUAUUCACCGGUCCUGACGGAGUGGUCAGGGUGGUGGAGAUCCGGGGAAGCAUGGGGAUCUUGAAAAGACCAGUGCGCAAAGUGUUGCCCUUACUCCUAGAGCAGGGCACCCAAGAAAACUGCGCACAGUCGCCACUGUAG